GCCUGCGCAGGGCCGGCACGUGGGUGCGCCGGCGCUGAGGCGCGUGGGGAGCGGAGAGCCAUGGGGAAGAGCCGGGGGAGGCGGUUCCGGCAGAUCUCCUUCUCUCCUACCGGCCUGGAGCAGCGCUGCGACGAGGAGGACGACCCGGACGAGGAGCCGGCCGCGGAGCUGCUGGAGAAGGUGCAGCAUCCAAGUGCUGAAGUGAGAGAGUAUGCCUGUGCCAGUAUUUCCAAGCUGUUGCAGGAACACCAGGCAAUCCCAGCCUUCCUGCAGAGAGAUGUGGUCCGUUGUUUAGGACCCUUGUUGAUGGAUUACAGUUUAGCUGUUCGCGAGACAGCUGCAGGUGCCCUCCGAAAUCUGAGUGCCUGUGGGGGAUUUGAAGUCUGUGAUGACAUGGUGUCAAAAGACAUCAUGACACCCCUUGUUGCGCUUCUGAAAGAGUGCAGCACUGGACUGGAUGCUAACCAGCUGUCUCCAGAGAAGCGCAUAGAGAUGGACAAAAACUAUAUUGAAGACAUAGCCAACGAGGCUAUUAAUUUGCUGUGGAAUAUAUGUGAAUGCAGCAGUACCGCAGUACACAUAUUCAACAAGGAAGGAUGUCUGGAGGCUGUGUUACGUUACAUGAAAAAAUUUUCUACAAAUGUGGAUCUGGCUGUUUCAGCAGCAAACUGCUUACAGGCAGUGACAGAAGAUAAUCCAGAUCUUCUUUCUUCGUUUAAUGCUUCUUCACAACAAGUGUUAGAAGCAGUGAUGUUGUGUCCAGAGAGCACAAUGAAGCACAUCCUUCUGAGAACACUCACAGCAGGCAUUGUCUGGAAUAUCAAGGGUACAAUUCCACCAGGCAGCCUGGGAAGCAUAAUUAAUGCAAUCCUGAAGAUUUUUUCAGAAUCAUUAGCAAUAGAUGCUGGUGAAACAAUUAUUCGUAUGAAAGAAGCUGAAAAAAACAGGUUAAAACUUGCUGUGGAGAGAGAAACAGAGGAAAACAUGAGUGAUGUUACAGAAAACUGUGUUUUGAGUGAAGAUUAUGACUUGGAAGAAAUACCAAAAGGAAAAGUCAAAAAGGGAGAAAAUGACAUUUCUGAUUUCCUUCCACCUGAUCAACGGGAACUGAAAGAAGUGACAGCUUUACUGAUGGCUCAGCAGACUGCUCUGGAAAUCAUUGUUAAUAUGUGCUGCAGUGAAGAUCACUCUGAUGAUGAAUGGGAAGAACUCUCCAGCAGUGAUGAAAGUGACUUUAUGGAAAACUUGUACAAUGAUGGGAGUGGGCUGCUAAUGUCACCUCUGUGCCUCUCUGAUGAGGUUAACUCAGCAUUUAUGAACAAUCUCAUUCCAAAGAAGAUUCUUGAAAAAACUGCAUUUCCGAAUAGUGUUGCUCUAGAUAUCUGUAUGCACAAUCCAUCCUGGAAACCAUUAAUUAAAAAACUCAAUGCAGUGCAGUGUAGAGCUUUAACAUGUCUUCAGAACAUUUUGUUAGUGUCAGACAUGGAUUGUCUUGGAGGAGCUUCACUUCAGUCCAUUGCACAGCAUCUCUUGCAGCUAGUCUUUGCUAAAAUGGAACUCCCUACAGACACAGAAUUCCUAGAAGCCAUAACUAGCGCUUUGAGGGCUCUCUUACAAACAAUGGCAUCAAAGAACAUCUCCCAGCAGUGUAUGACUCCUGAGCAGCUACUGUCUUUAUGUGAAGCUGGUAUGGACAGCAGCAAUGCCAGUGUUAAAGUGAAUAUAGUGAGCAUCCUUGGAAUUUCUGGCAGCAUCCUGGCAAAAGGACAAGAUACAGCUGAAACGCUAAAGGUGAUUGGAAAAUUUCUUCUUGAGGUUGCUAUGAAGGAAUCUUCUCUUGUGGUAGCAGGGGAAGCCUUGGAUGCACUUUUUGAUGUAUUUGCAGAUGGUAAACAAGCAGAAAAAGCAGCGGUAGAGAUCAGGUUGCUUCCAGCACUGAAAGAAUUUCAGCCAGUGUUCAAAAUGAGGAUACGAAAAGAAGGCAAGGGAAAAUACAGUACAGAUCAGCUGUGUGUUCUUGACAAUGUGAAGAUGAACUUGAGAAGAUUCAUUGCAUAUCAGGAGACACUACAGAAAAGUCCAACUUGCAACAUCGAGGAACUUUAAGGUUUCCCUCAUUGAAUAACAUUUUCCAAAAAUAAAUCUGUUUUGAACUUCUAAAAUUUAUCAAGCAGAAAAGUUUUCAUGUUAAUAGUGCAAUUUUUUAUAUUUAAUGUUUUUAUGCUUCUGGCUUGGUACAACAUGAAAGUCGCAUCAGUGUAAAAAACAGCGUACUUUGAGAUUUAAGUGUUGGCAGUGAUGAGAAUGCGCUCUUGCAGUCCUGAGGUCUGUGCAUAACACCACUGUCCUUGUUUACAAAUCCUUGCGUGUCCUGGUGGAAAACUAUAAUUCUGUGAGUCUAUGAAAAAGUAAUUUAGAGAAAUAUUCUCAAUUACGUGGCAGAUCAGGAGAAAAAUUAAAAGCUCCAAAGAUACUUUUCAGGGAAUCGAGCAAUGGCAGUAUGUUCUUAUUUGCUAUUUGCUCUCACCUGUUUCUAGAAUUGCACAGGCAGUUGCAGCAAACUUCCCAAGAUAAGUGUGUAGGUUACUGCCGGCACUUGGAUCUGUUACUACAUGAGGUUUAUCAAAAACUGUUUCAGGUUCAUUUAUGAUGAAUUCAGUAGGAUACCUUUCUCCUGUGGAAAUCAGUGUAAGAGAAUCCUACAUUUAUGCAGAGCUCGCUGGUUUUACUUUUAUAUUGAUUGGUAGUUCUGGAAAUCAAGUCUCCUGACUUCCUUCCUUCCUUGUAAUUCUGCAUCAGGAUGAAUUUGAAUUCAGGGAAGUAGUAAACCUAAUAAAAAGGUGUUGGUUUG